GCAAAAUGCUUAUAUAGCUUUAGUGGGCGAUAGUGGAGUCAUACAACGUUGCUGUGAGAAAGAGAGACUAAGAGAUGGAAGACUUGAGGAUAAAAUAUGUUGACCUGGAACAAUCAGAAAACCUUGAGAGUCAUAGGACGAAUGGCUUCAGGAACACCAAAUCUCUGGUGGUGCGGAGAGGAGCCCCAUUUAAAGUCAGCGUUCAGCUGGAAGGGCGACCCUUCAACCCUAAGAUCAAUACUCUGAGGGUGAAAAUCAUGCUAGGUAACCUGUACGCAGUAAUGCCUGUAACCUUCUCCAAGAGCUCUUCCAAGUCCAGCUGGAAUGCCUAUAUUGACCCUGAGGAGUGGAACCCUCUGAAACCUUCUAUCUACAUCUACUCUCCUGCCUCUGCCUCAGUCGGCUCCUACAGAUUUCAGCUGUGUGUGCUUACUCAGGAUGGCAAGAAAAGCUCUGCAUAUGGCAAUUUCAUCCUGCUCUGCAACCCCUGGUGUUCUGAGGAUACAGUAUACAUCCCAUUUGAGGAUCAGAGAGAAGAAUAUAUCCAGAGUGACUUUGGGUUGCUGUUUAUGGGAUCAGAGACAAACAUUGUUGGAAGACCGUGGUCUUUUGAUCAGUAUGAGUCUGGUGUUCUGGAGGCAUGCUUGAAUUUGCUCCAAGUCAGCCCUCAGCAAAAGAACAGAAAGAUGGACUACCUGAACCGAAACAACCCCGUGUACCUCAGCCGGGUUGUGUCUGCCAUGAUCAACAGUGAUGAUGACCGUGGGGUGCUGAAGGGGAACUGGACAGGCGACUUCAAAAAAGGUGUCAGUCCCUCCAUGUGGACUGGGAGUGGGGACAUUUUGAGAAAGUGGAACCAGUCUGGUAACAGCCCAGUCAAGUAUGGACAGUGCUGGGUUUUUGCAGCUGUCAUGUGCACAGUUAUGAGAGUUCUUGGCAUUCCUUGCCGUGUGAUCACAAACUUCAACUCUGCCCAUGACACUGAUGGCAACCUGGUGAUUGAGGAAUACUACAGCGCAACAGGGCAGAAGUUAAACCUCACCAAAGACAGCAUCUGGAACUUCCAUGUCUGGGUGGAGUGCUGGAUGACUCGUCGGGAUCUUGAAUCUGGAAUGGAUGGCUGGCAAGUUCUUGACCCGACUCCUCAGCAGAGAAGUGGAGGAGUGUACCGCUGUGGCCCCGCACCAGUCAAAGCAAUAAAGAACAAGCGUGUGGACCUGUUCUAUGAUGUCCCAUUUGUCUACGCCAGUGUGAAUGCUGAUAUCCAUACAAUCAUCUUGGGCCAGGGUCAGGUGCUCGGGUUCAGCAAAGACACUGAGAGAGUUGGCUCCCUCAUCUGCACUAAGGCUGUUGGGUUCCCCAGAUUGCAAAAGAUCACAGGAGAUUACAAAUACAUCAAAAGCCCAACUUCAACACUUUCAUCAAGAAGCUCUUCAAGUUCAGGUGACUCAACACUAAGAAGAGCAGGUUCAUCCCAGGGAGUGCUAGUCUUCCUGACCCUGGACAAAUCCCCCAUUGUUGGGGAGCCUGUCAGCUUCAGCGUGAAAAUCAUGAACAAGCAGAAUGUAGCCAAGAUGUUGAAGAUUCACCUCAAUGCCCAGGCAAAAGAAUACAACCACAGCCCCUCGGACACCUUCUGGGAAAACCACGGUGUCUUACAACUUGCACCUAUGGAAGUCAAGGUAGUGAGGCAGAAGAUCCCCCUAGCACAGUAUGAAGACGUGGUGGGGGAUAACCUGAUCAACCUUGCAGUUGUUGUGGAGGAUACUGCCAGUCAGGAGAGAGUCCUGAGCUCAGAGGAGUUCAACAUCACCAGUCCACAGCUCAUCAUACAGGUUGCAGAUGAAAAGUCCAUCAAGAAACACAGCGAACAGACUGCCCUAGUGACCUUCAUCAACCCAUAUUCUCACCCAGUCAGUGGAGUACUGACUGUAGCUGGGGCUGGGCUGCUCCAAGGCAAAGUUCAGUUCAGGAUUCCCCCACUGCCUCCAGGAGGAAGAGCGGAUCAGCCAAUCCCGUUCAUGCCCAACAUGGUGGGAGAAAAGAUGCUGCAAGCGAGCCUGUGGCUCACAAAUAUGAAUGUCACCAUCAGAGGCUUUAAGAUGGUCUCUGUCAACAGUGUUUAGCACCUGCAGCCAUGUUUCCUAUGCUGUAAAUGAUGAAUGUAAAUAUUAUUUAUUUAGCUAUUUAUUGUUUUUAUUUAUGUGUAUAUGUGCCAUAAAAAUUAACAUUGAUACCCAAAGAUAUAUAUUUUUUAAUUUAUUGUUGUACUUUUACCUUUAUUUGAGAAAUAAAAUCCUAAAAUGUUCAA